GCCGCCAGUGUUUUAUCCCGACGGCUAUUGGGAGAGGCUAUGAUUUACUGGCGGGUAUUGUAUGAAUUAGGUUCAUAAUUGUUUUUUGAUUCCAAAUAUACUUAAAUUACAAUUUUUUACGUCCUCGUAUUGCUGUUUUAUUAUACACAAACUUAUCCUCAUUUUGUAUUUCUUUUUUUAAAAUAUAUUUUAUGAAGUAGAAAUACAUAAUAGGCUUGUAUUUUGACAAAUUUGGAUUAUAGUGGGGUAAUAAGUCUCGAAUUUUUUAUUUUAUUUUAUUUAACAUGAAUUAAUAUAGCGUAACACAUAAAAUAAUAGAAAAUGUUGGAUAAAAAAAAAUAUAAAAUAAUAUAUAUUAUGAAACAAUAAAAUAUUAGAGAGCCUACCACAUACAUACCCGCCAGUAUUUAGUAUCCAAAAGAAGUAUCCGCGUGAAAGAAACCCGGAGCGGCUACGUCUAGCGGCUACUUUUUACUGGCGGGUAUUAUUACCAUGUCAUUUAUAACUGGUUUUUAUAUCACAAUAUACAUAAAUUUUAUUUAUUAGAGUUCAUAUUAAUAGUUGUUGUAUUUUUUUCAAAUUUGAAGACCUAAGUCUAAUUCGAUUGUGAUUGGACAAUUCAACCGGCAACUCUAGGAUGAGAAUCUAUAGGCUUUGCAGAAAAUUUAAUUCACGGGUAUUGGAAUAGAGCGGACACGGCUUUUGUGGGAUUUCUUUGACCACAUUGAAGAUUUGAUAUGGUCGAACAUUUGGGUAGGGCCCAUUAGGGUAAUUUUUUAUGUUAAAUUAGAGUAGACGGUUGAGAAGCAGCCGCACUAUCAUUUUUUCAAACGGAUACUUCAUUUUUUCGUGUGAGAGUGGAAGGAAAAGACGGCAAUUGAGAGAGGAAGGCAUAUACUUCAUUCGGUCUUCUUCAAAUCCAUUCACGCCAUGGCUUCUUCUUCAAACCAAGUCCCUUAUUCGAGGCCCGAUACGAUCAAUCGUCCAACAGUUGAGAUCAGUACGUACUACAAUAUUAAGUACCUGUCGACAGUAGUGGGGAGACUAGAGGAAAUUGACGGUUUUGCACUGGUGAAUACGUUCAGGCAGGGGUGCUUUGGUAUGAUGUUGGAUUGGCAGCCGGGCCAGAAGUGCAAUGCUGCAUUGCACCAUAUUGUCUCUCGUCAUCUUAAGAUGACGAGAGACGAUGAGGAUGAUGAGAUCUGCUUCUACAUCAACGGGAGGAAGGUUGAAUUUACUCUGAGAGAUUUCGCUCUCGUGACAGGAUUGGCCUUUGGGGAUGAUCCUUUUGAUACUUUGGUUGAGCACGAUCUGAGCCAGGCUCAGACAUAUACACGAUUUUGCCGGGGGCAGCAUGUGACAGUGCAGGGGCUGGCGGAUAAAUAUUUCGACAGGGUCAGUCGAGUGGUUGACCCCGACGGCGGGUUCUACCUCCGUGUGGCCCACUUGUUGGUGCUACACUCAUUUGUAUUAGGAGUGGACGUGCGAUGACCCGUGCAGCCCUGGACUUGGGCUUUGGUGGAUGAUUUGACGGCCUUUUCCAGAUUUCCUUGGGGAUCGUGCGCGUAUAGGAGCUUGAACUACAGGUUGAAGAACACCACAAUUAAGAAUACAAAGACCAAGUACCACUUCUACGGUCCUUCUUGGGCCCUAUUCGUUUGGGGUCUUGAGGUUAUUCCCGACUUGGCCAAAGCCAUAGCCAUAUGCAAUGCGGGAGUUUACCCUAGAUUCAAGAGGUGGACGUUCGUGAAGACCAAGGCCGAUGGGUUACAGAGUUUAUUUGAGACAGAGAAGAACGAGAUAUGGGAGAUGAGACCCGAUGAGUACGAGGCCACGACGCAUUACUGGCUAUCGGUGGCAGGCGUCAAUGCCGGGCCAGGGGUUCGAGUACCAGAGCCGGGAGUCUUUGGUCAUAGGCAGGCUCGGGCGCGCUACAGUGGUGGGGACCGCAACGAGCCUACUAUUGAGCAUCAACCACGGCGUCGCAGUGCGAGACAGGAUACUGGCAAGUGCCCGAGAGGAUAAGUAGUGGACACCUCAUCGAGCAGCAGCCAUCACGAUCAGAGCGGGGGCGAUCACCCCGUAGAUUCUGGUCGAAGGUCUCACAGUCACAGAGCCCCGAGGCCUAGGCACGAGGAUCAGAGUAGAGCUCCUGCACCAUCACAGUGGAGCGAGCAGGAUUGGCAGCGCAUGCAGCACAUGAUGCGCGAGAGUGAGGGACAGAUAGCGAGGAAUGUGGAGGACAGCCUGUUCACGAGGAUUAAGAAUUGGUUCAAGGAGAAGUUGGAUGAUAUGCGUUGCCGAUGCUCGCAUAGCACUGAUGUUCAUGUGCCCAGACCUGCUCCACGAUCUCACUCUGACUGGAGACGUGAGCCCGAGCCCGAGCCCGAGUCCGAUCCGGCGCAGCGUACAUCCUCAGAGGCCCCAUCGCAUCACCGAUCCCCUGCACAUGAGUCUCCUGCACGAGAGGCGGGACAUACUACUGGUGAUGGCAUGCACACCCCGCAGUGGCAGCAUGAUCCGUUUGGUGGCUUGACUAGUUUUGGGGAUGUGCAGACUCCGCACAUGGGUGUCCACCACUUGCCCACAUUCGGUGCGUCGAGUUCUUAUGGUGGGCCACGCUACUCGUGGGCUGAGCAGGGCACGAGUUCAGCAUACCCGCCUGAGCCGCCUCGUUCUUCGAUGCCGAUCCUUAGAGAUGCCGGAUAUUCUCAAGCAGAGAUACACGAGUAUUGGAAGCAGUAUAGUGGGGGAGUUUCUGAGGUAGUAGCUGCUGUUCCCCUCAGUAUUUGUGCACCAGAGGUUCCACGCAGAAGCCACCGACAACGGAACCCGUCGGCUGCUGUUUAGCCCUAUUUUGUGAUGUUUUUAUGGGCCUUUUUGUUGUGCAUUCGAGCAUGCUUCGUGUCUUUUUGCUCCAUCCUUCACUUGCUCGAUGUUAUUUGGUGGUGUUACUGUUGUGUGCAGGAAUCGGGAGUGGUCGAGCUGUUUGGCAUCGUUUGGGAGCACUUUUGGAAGUGGAGUUCACGGCCGCCGCCGCCCCACGGCGCGCGCCGUGCAAGUCCGUGGAAGAUUCAGCGAAGGCCACUCACGGCGGCGCCGUCCCACGGCGGCCGCCGUCCCUGGAAGUUCGGCAGUUACGUUUUUUUUCUUUUAAAAGCCUAUUUUUAGGGUUUUUCACCCCACUUUUCGACCCCAGCAGCCUCCAGGCGAUUUUACCUUUGUUUUCCUAGUUUUAGAGUAGUUCAAAUAUCAACAAACAUCUUUUGGCUUGGUGGAUUGAAGAUUACGUUAGUUUCAUUACAUUGGAUUGAAGAUUUAGAUCGUACUCGCUCUAAGAACUCAGUUUAUGUUUUCUAUAGGAUUGAAUGCUAGUCUAUUUCCUUUGCGUAGAUUAUUGUUGCUUCGAGUUUAUUUGAUGAAUUGUUUGUUCUUUUAUCUCGCCUAGAUAAUCGUUGUUCAUGAUUGAUUGAAUUAACUAUUGCUUUCUAGAUUGCUAGUUUAGAACCCUAGGUUUAUUGGUUUUCCUGCGUUCUUAAUCUGCUUCCUAUCUUUCGUCUAGAUAGAUUUAUAUGUUUUAUUUUAAUUACGCAUUAGUUAAUCGGAGAGAGAGUGUCAGACCCAACUACCCGAUUAGAGUGUUUAGGUUUAUUUCCUGUUUUCUGUGCGUAGCAUGAUCAGAGCCCUGUUUAGCCUUCCUUGAGAGACGACUUGGGUUAGCUUAUUACACUAGGACGGCCUCGUACGAUGGCGAGUCAAUCCCUUAGGUGUUUUGGGUUGAGUCAAAUUUUGGCGCCGUUGCCGGGGAAGGCUUUAGGCAUUUGAUUGUGUUGCAUUUGUUUUCCGUGUUUAUUUUGUUUCUUUCUUUUAACUCGGUUAUUUUCUCCCUCCGAUGUGUUUGAUUUGUUUGCUCGUGUUGUGUAUGCAAGGACGCAGAAGCUUAAAGAGAAAGCUUGCACCUUACUACGACAACAUACACCGACCUCGUGAGGUUCUUUCAAGCCUGGAGGAGGAGUCCGAGUCCAGUUCGAGAAACCUUGUGGAAUCACAGUCUCGAGAGGAAGACUGUGAAGAGAGAAUCGCUUCCAACCCCAUUCUGGAAGCCGUUGAGGAGACACUUUCAGUGCAUUCUGAAGAAGAAGAAGAAGCUCAGCCCAAUCCUGACCAAGAAACCAUGGCGGAGCAGAAUGUACAAUACAUGGGAGAUUUCUCCACGCCGGUUAUUGGGAACACUAGCACUUCAGCGAUAGUGCUUCCUACAGUAGUCCGGAAUUACAAUCUGAAGCCCAACGAUUCAAACCUGCUGCCGCUCUUUCAUGGGAUGCCGAGCGAGGAUGCCUUACAGUUCAUCCGUGACUUCUGCACUCAAGUGCAGACCUUCCCACUGCUGGAACUCACCGAGGAUCAGUUGAGACUCAAGUGCUUACCUUAUGCACUCAAGGACCGGGCGAGAACGUGGUUAUUGUCCUUGCCGCCGAACUCCAACACUACAUGGGGAGAGGCAUGUGAGAAGUUCAUGCUCAAGUACUACCCUAAUCACAAGACACAGGAGAUUAGGAGCCAGAUAAUGAACUUCAUGCAAGAAGCUGAUGAGCCUCUCCACGAGGCUUGGGAGAGAUUUCAAGAGCUCCUCUGCCAGUGCCCACAGCACCAAUUAGCACCCGUGAUGUUGAUGCAGUUCUUCUAUGACGGAUUGAUACAGACGGCACAGUUUAUGGUGGACAGUACAGCAGGGGGCAACAUUGCCCGAAAGACAGCCAAUGAGCUCAAGGAGAUCUUCGACACCUCAACAAAAGUCGGUAAGAGGAAGGAGGGUUGAAGCGAAUGCAGUAGCUCCAAACAAUGAGCUUCAGAAGCAGGUAGCGGACUUGAUGAGGCAAGUACAACACCUCACGAUGAACCAGGUGGAGGCUCCACCCGUUCGCGCACCAUCAACGGAAGGUUGUGGCAUAUGUGGCGAAUUUGGCCAUGGAAUCAAUGCGUGCCAUCGAAUGGGGGAAUUCGCACCUGAAGGAGAAGCAGAGGUCUAUGCUGCUCAGGGCUACCCAGGGAGGCCUCAAUUUGAACAGAGGCCCAUCUUUAAUCAAGGGCAACAAAGCUCCAACUCGGGUUGGAGAAAUGAGCAGAAUUCGGGAUGGAGGAACCAAGCUCCGGGCCAAGGGUCGGGAUCAAACCAAGACAAUCAGUUCCCCCGACCUCCACAGCAAUUGGGGUAUCAGAACCAGCAGCAGUUAUACCCAUCUCAACCACAGUCCUCAUUCCCUCCGCAGCACCAACCUCCAGGCCCCUUAUUUGAAGAUCAGAUGCAAGCUUUCAUGCAAGCUAGCAAACAGGCGAUGGAGGCUCAGAGUGCUACCAUCAAGCGCCUCGAGACUACAGUUGGGCAACUAACAGGAGCCUUGAUUCAGCUGCAGCAAGAACAACCAACUGGGAAGUUCCCAAACCAGGACCAACAGCCGCAUCAAGCUCAUGCCGUGGCGGUAAUCAAGGAGAAUGCCCCAAUAACCACAGGGAAAUGGAGAAGCAAAACCGUGCAAGCAAUCAAGGCUACCCAACGCCCCAGUGAGCCACUGCCACCUGUUACUGUUGCACCAGAACAACCACCACCCAAGCAAGGAGAUCCAGGUAGCUUUAUUUUUGAUAUUAGCUUAGGUGGGGUUGAAAAGGCUUUAGGAAUGCUUGAUUUGGGCGCGGCAGUCAAUUUGAUGCCGCUUGAUAUUUUUGAGAAAUUGGGAAAUAAAGAGCUGAAAUGCACGAAUAUUAAGAUAGAGCUAGCUGACGGCUCCAUUAGCAGCCCACGAGGCCUUGUUGAGGAUGUUGAGGUGGUUGUGAGGGGGAUUAGUGUUUUGGCUGAUUUUAUUGUACUUGAUGUGGGAAAAGGGAUUAGAGGCGAGAAUGGGCAUCUCGUGCUGCUUGGCCGACCCUUUAUGGCUACCACCCAUACUCGCAUCGAUGUGAGUGCAGGAACUGUAAGUAUGGUAGGGGCAUGUAGAGCGGUAACAUUCUCAGCUUUUGAUAAAAAACCUACUACCCCAACUUCCUUAAUUCAAAACUGCUCUUAUGUUGAAACAUUUGAUGCUUUGGAUGAGGAUUGUAUUGUGCAGGAAUUUCUUAAUAAGCUACAGAAGGAGGACGAGAUCGUGGAAGAAUUUCAUGCUAACCUGCAAGAUGAAAAUGAGAUUGAGCAAGAAUUCCUAGAUAAGCUGCAAGAGGAAGAUGAUAAAGAGCAAGGCCUUCUGUGUGCCUUGCUACUUGAUGCAGCCCAAGGUUCGUUGGUGCAAGACCCGGUGCAUGUUCCUGUUGGUCCGGUUACAAGAGCACGAGCCAAGAAGUUCAAGGAGAGCUUGAUGAGCUUAGUUCAAGAAGUGUGGGCUCAAGAGUUGAUGAAGAGACCUAUUGGAGAUGGUGGAGUCGGCCCAAGUCUAAUUAAUCUCAUUACAUGCGAGUGGGCCGAAGCUUGAAGAUUUAAUUUAUU